AUGAAUGCAUUUUUUGAUUAUUUCGAUGAAAAUGGUUUACCACCACCAAAAAGUGGAAAAGUCGCUGCAAAACGUGUCCGGUUUGAUCUUCCCCGAAAGUCAAAAGUCUCUGAAGAAGAUAUUGAGAACACUACAACUAAGAUUGCAACAAUUCUAAUCAACGAUGAAACGGAAGACCAACAAAAAAUGGAGCGAAAAAAAAGAACGCAGGAGGAUAUGGUGGCGGACUUUGUUAAAAUUUUGGAGCAAAUGAUGAAUCCCCGCCAAGCCGUAACUUCGUUUUUUUCCGCGGCAAUGGGUGUAACAGCUAUCACAGUUUCUCUGAUUUAUUUCGGAAACCUUCCUGUCUCUGCUACCAACGCGAAAAGUUUGGAUUUAGUUCUAUUAAUCUACGGAAUUUUGCAAAUCGUUUUGGCAACAGCAUUUUUCAUAACUUGUAUGCAGACAACAAUCGCCGUUUCCAAAGGAGUCAAAGACGCAUUUCAAAUUAUUGUUGGUCUUUUUGUAGCUUUGAUAUAUGUUGCGGUUUCGCUGAUAAGUUUAGCGGUUGGAAUACUCGGAUUUUACAAAACCCUUUGCAUCGUAUCAUUUGUGGAAUAUGAGGAUCAACUAUCCCAUUUUUUCUGUCCACCGCCGUUGUUCUAUACAUCCCUUGUAAUGUUCAUUCUCCACAUCGUACUCAUCGUAGCCAAGUGUUGUUGCUGUAAAUAA